CCCCCUUCACACACUUCCUGACUCAAGUAAACAUGGCGCCGUACGGGUCCACCGUGGCGCUACUUUCCGUGGUUCCUGCCGUUUUUGCGGUCUUUGUUUGGUGUUUUGCGGCGGACUGCGGUGUCACCUGUCCGGGUGUCUGCCUGGCGGCGGCAGCCGGGAUCCUGUCGAUGUGUUGGCGGAGGCUGCGGCAGCGGGACGCCGCUUCGGACCGGCGGGUCUGCGUCCUGGUGCUGGGGGACAUCGGACGCAGUCCUCGGAUGCAGUAUCACGCUCUGUCCCUCAGCAAACACGGGUACCGGGUCACUUUUGUCGGGUUUUUAGACUCAAAGCCUCAUCAGGACGUACUGAAGGAGGAGAAGAUCCGGUUGGUCGGCAUCUCAGAGGUUAAAGGUCUUCGAGCCGGACCAAAACUGCUGACGUACGUGACGAAGACGAUGGUCCAGGCGGUGCAGCUGCUUCACGUUCUGCUGUCCAUGGAGCUGCAGGCGCACAUCCUGAUGCAGAAUCCUCCUGGGCUGCCUGGGAUUGCGGUGGCGUGGCUCGUGUGCGUUCUGCGCGGCAGCACCUUCAUCAUCGACUGGCACAACUACGGCUACACCAUCAUGGCUCUGAGCCUCGGAGCGUCGCAUCCUCUGGUCCGACUCGCCAAGCGGUAUGAACACCUGUUUGGCCCUCUGGCCUCCCACAGCCUGUGUGUGACGAACGCCAUGAAGGACGACUUGCAGAAAAACUGGGGCGUCGAGGCAACCACUCUGUACGACCGGCCCGCCUCCGUCUUCAGAGAGACUCCUCUGGAUCUGCAGCACCAACUCUUCCUCAAGAUGGCCGACACUCAGCCGCAGUUCAGAGCCUCAGGGUCCGACUCUCAGGAGACGGAGGCGACCGUCUUUACCGUCCGUAACCCUGGCGACGGCAGCGUGACCCUGAGGUCGGACCGGCCGGCUCUGCUGAUCAGCAGCACCAGCUGGACGGAGGACGAAGAUUUCUCCAUCCUGCUGGAUUCUCUGCAAGGUCGGUUUGUUUCAGAGUACGAAGGUUUCGUCACAGCCGGAGCGCCGCUGCCGUCGCUGGUCUGCGUCAUCACAGGAAAAGGUCCUCAGAAGGAACACUACAGGAAGCUGAUCGCCUCGCUGCGUUUAGAGCGCGUGAAGAUCUGCACGCCGUGGCUGGAGGCCGAGGAUUACCCGCUGCUGCUGGGUUCAGCAGAUCUGGGCGUCUGCCUCCACAAGUCGUCCAGCGGUCUGGACCUGCCCAUGAAGGUGGUGGACAUGUUCGGCUGCUGUCUUCCUGUCUGCGCCAUCCACUUCCACUGCCUGCAGGAGCUGGUGGAGCAUGAAGUGAACAGUUUGAUCUUCAGGGACUCUGCAGAACUCGCCCAGCAGCUCAAGUCUCUCCUCUCAGAGUUUCCCAGUUCAGACGGCAGACUGGGAGAUUUCCGGAGGAACCUCCGCGCCAGCAGGGGGCAGCGCUGGGACGAUAACUGGGACCAGAACGUUCUGCCUCUGCUGGCGGCUCCCAGAUGAAGAGGAGCUUCAUCCUUCCUGGACUCUGGCAGAAAAAACUUCUUUCAUCCUGAUUUCUGUGAAUUUGUGAAUAAAAUGUUGAUCCUGCAGCGUCGGCUCACCUGAACACUUUGAUGAGUUCUAUUGGAGCCAGGCGGCUGUAGGGAAACACGGCGCCGACGGGUCCGGUCAGAACCUGGUGGCCCAGACCUGCAGCCUCUGCAGGGAGGAACCAUGGAUGGAAACUAGUUACAUUUAGAGCAACUUUUUAGAAAAAAUCAACUUUUAGGAGUAGUUUUAUUAUAAGUACCCUGGUUUUAACAAACUGUAUUCACUUUACAGACUGUAAAUGCUAAUUUUAUAAGUUUUAUAUUGAUAAAAACUUAAACAGAAAAGUUCUGAUUCUGAUGUAAUUUUUUAUUUUGUAAUUAUUUGUAUUUAUUUUCUUUUAUUCUUCAAAAUACCAGAAUUUAUGCAGAAUUUUUUAAUAAAAAUUAGAGCCAUGCUAAAAGUUCUUUUAAAAUGACGUUACGUGAAAAAAGUUGUAACAAUGAGAAUCAUGUUACCAGAAUAAAGUCCAAAUAAUGUGAGAAUAAAGUCACAUUAUGACAACAAAGACUGUAAUCCUGUACGACUUUAUUCUCGGAUCAUUACGACUUCUCUCGUGUUCUUUAUUCUGGUUCUGAACUUUGUUGUAAUCUGACAUUGUAAAAUAUUGAAUCUGAUUUUACGAUCAA